UAGAAAGGGGAGGGGGGAAAGAUUGCACAUGGCAAGAGAAAGGAAUCACUCAUUCGCUUGGAAAAGGCUCUCGCAAAGCAGAUCGUAGUAGAAAUGGGAGACAACGGGGAAGGAGACGCAGAGAAGAGGCGAGGAGUCCAUGCCGUGCAACAGCUCGGAAUCCGAUUAAAGUUUAUGGCGGGGAGGUUAAAAGCGCUUUCAUCCCGCUCCUCCCCUGGUGAAUACAUUAAGUUUCCUGGCUGCGUUUAAAAGCACAAAGGGAAGGGAACAGCGGGAGCUUCGGGUUGCAAUUGUAUUGCUAGUGCGGGGAGCCAGUGUAAUGCAGUAUGCUGGUAUUCCCUACGUACUGGUGUGUCUGGAUCUUACAAUGUGGGCAAAAUUUCCUCCUCUCGGAGCUCCAGAACAGCGAGGGGGAAUUUUGAUAAAUUCAAGUUGCUUGGCAAAUAUAAUAGGGAUUUGGUAUUAAUCCUACUUAACCCGCUGCGAAGAUGCUGAGCUCCCGAGCCCCCCUCCUCCGUCCGGGACUGCGGCGGUAAGCACUGAGCCUGCGCCGAGCCGGGCUUUCUCGCUGAUGCUGCAGAUAUAAAGCCGAGUGUCUUUAGCGUUUGCGGGGGAGGGUUUUCGCGUCCUGGCGAGGCGGGGAGAGCGGCCGGAGCCGAAGCCCUGCAGCCCUCCGGAGCGGGGAGCAGUCACUCCCGCUUCCGAGAGGACUCCACGCAGCGUGGCUCUACCCCUCUGUGCCUCUGGACUCCCCAGAGAAAGAGGUGGCAACCUUCCCUCCCUCCCACAUUCACUCGCCGCCCCGAAUGACAAAGACAAGCUGUGACCAUUGCUUUGAACCACCUCGGUAUCCGGCCGCUUUUGCUCAGAUGUCACCGUCAUGAAAGAAAGACAAUUCAUUAUACUCGCCUGCAUGCAUGCGUCUUUAUUCAGAAUGACCGCUUAAUGCAAGGAAUACGCGCACCCACAGAUCCCUCAGCAACUUGUUUUCUCACAGGGGGAGAGAGCAGCUGGAUUCGUGCCCCCCAACUCACUGCCCACACACGCACACGCCGGGUCGCUUCCCACGGGCUGCCCCGAGCUCGCCCCCAGGUCCCCCGUCUUCCUCCAGCCUACCGGGGUACCCCUUUUUUUCCCUCCGAGAACCGGAGAGGACAGACACAGGAGCCCAGGCACCACCCACAGCGCAGGGGCAGGGGCACGCAAAUGCUAGAGGCGAUUAAAUGGCACAAAGUCAAAAGGAGAAGCGAACUAGGGACGCUAGGAUAGGCAAAGUUGAAAGGAGAGAGCUUAACGUUAAUUUCCCACUUACCCAGGAAACCCACAAGCACGCUGAAAAGGCACAUUCAAAUCAUGGAAAUAGGAAGUGCAUGAAAACAAAGCCCAAAAGGCUCAAACAGCACUGGGAAACAGGACCAAAGUCUGAAAUCUAAGGCAGCCCCCCUUCCUCCCUGGAGUUUUAUGCCGUUCCGGUGACUGCAGCUAUUUCACAAAAGCACUGACACGACAGGGGAAGGUGGGAAUCUGUGAGAAAUGAGUUUUCUUACCAGCGUGAUUCCGCAAAAUGCAGAGCCCCGAGUGUGCACCAGCUCUGCCUAAGAGAAAGGCGAAUAAACAUUUGCUUAAAAAAUCGUUGCUCGGUUCACAGUCUACAGCGGAGGUGGGGAGGGAGCGGGUAGGAGAGAAUCACUAUAGAUCACGGGUUAGAGACAGCAACAGCAGCAACGUUCGGGCGUAUAAUGAGGAUCGGUUCUGAGGACUGAACUGGUGUUUUGUGAUGAGCAGCUAUCCCACUUGCAGCACUAGCAGCAGCAGAGACAGAGGGUAAGGCUGGGCUUUCUGGAGUGCAGCGCUUGACUCGUCCUCCUCCUCCACCUCCUUCCUCCUCCUCCUCCUCCUCCCUCCCUCCCUCACUCUCGCUCUCUCUUUCGCUCUCUCUCUCCCUCUCUCUUUCUGUGUGUAUGUAGCGCAGGCGGCUGUACUGCUGCAGCGUCAGGGAAGAGCUACCGAGAGAGGCUUCAGCAGCUCCCACCACUUUGGGCAAACUUGCCGGUUUACUGCCUUUUUUUUUUUUUUUUUUUUUUUCUUCCGAGUGGGAAGCUUCUCAGUUGCCAUUCAACAUUUUAAAGCACAAGCCGCUCUGCCGUGAAAGCGCCUGAGCCACACUUCUCUGAAAGACACAGGAGGGAAUACACAAUUGCAGAUUUCACCCACCGUGGCGGUGCAGAUCACAGGAAACAACUGACUGAUAUAAUUUUAUUUGCAAAUAGAACUCCGUGGCUUUUUUUUUUGUUGCUUUUUUUUUUUUUUUUUUUUUUUUUUAAUCGCGCCGCGGCUCUUUUCCCCUCCCCUUUGCCAUUCCGCUUAUAUGGAUGUAAUUCAGAAUCUGUGUUAAUUCACGUGGGGGAUCCAGUUACAUCUUGUUCCGCUCCGGGUGUAUUAACGAGAGACCAAAAAUCGCCUUUGGACACAUAGUUUUGUUGCUAACCUUUGAACUGAAAGGAUCAAGUUCAGAUCUGGUUACCUGCAUUGGGACGGGAAGGAAGAGGAGAGAGAGAGAGAGAGAGAGGGAGAGAGAGACUGCAAUCUCAUUUGUGAAUCGCUCUCAGUGCUGCAGAUCCAGAUUGCUAUAACACAUGCAGUGCAAAUGCAGGUAAGGCACACACACAAACUGCGGAUGCAAAAACAAACUUGGGACUGUUGUGUGUGUAUAUUCAUAUCUACAGCCUUGCAAAUUCCGGGCAAACGGCUUCUGCAGUUUCUGUAUCGUUGCUUUGUGACUAAUGACCUUGCGCAGAGUUGUUAAAAAAAAUCCUCUCCGGAGAAAGAGCUGAACAUUUCAGGCGGUCUCUGAAGAUGGAUUUGGGUGCUUUUCUGCCAACCAAAGGGGAUAUUUUAUGGACUGCUCUGUAAUACAAGGGGUUCUUCUCCUACCAAUUGUGCAGCUAUCGACAUUAUUGGGAUUUUUUUUUCUUUGCCUUUUAAAUUAUUAUAUUUUUUAAAAAGAACUGCCCGUUGCUAAAAGGAUUUGGAGUUUUCCCGGACACAAGCCCUUUGAAUAAAGCAAAUCACAUUUUUUUUCCUGUGUGUGCAGAGAGGGGAAAGAAUAAAGCUAAUGCAUUGGUCGUAAACGGCUGAGAGAGAGAGGGGAGAGAGAGAGAGAGAGAGAGUGUGUGUGAAUUGUAGUUAACUCUAGUGUCGAAGAAGACGACCUGGGGGGCUUCAAAUCGCGCAGUGCUGCUCCUGCUUUUAUUGCAAACCUUGCAAAGUGAUUACAGUAAAAUCAGAAAGGAGGAGGAGGAGAAGGGGGAGGAGGAGGAAAAUCCCAUCCUAUCUGCCGAGAUGAAUCUUUAAAAAGCAAAAUACACUGUCCCGUGAACUGUAAGUAUAUCGCAACUGGAAGGCAGGGAGAGCAGCAGAGGAGCCAACAGCAAGCUUUUGCCCACCGAUUGCACCAGCCAUGAGACAAUAAGUUUCCAGAAAUAGAAGGAUUUUAUAAUUGAUCACCUCGGACUCUCAGGCGUUCUGUUGGCUUACCAGGGGAGUUUACUGGGGGGCGGGUGGGAGUGAGAGGAGGGGGAGGGGGUCGGUGUGAAGAAGAUGAGGAAGAUGCGGACUCUCCUUGGUUUUGUGCAUUGCUGUUGCUGCUGCUUCUUGCUCCUCCUGCCUCCGCCGCUCUGGGUCAGCCUGGCAGCGGCCAAGCAGCUCCUGAGGUACCGGCUGGCCGAGGAGGGACCUGCCGACAUCCGCAUCGGCAACGUGGCUGCCGACCUGGGGAUCGUGACGGGCUCCGGAGAGGUGACAUUCAGCCUGGAAUCGGGCUCCGACUACCUCAAGAUCGAUAACAUGACCGGGGAGCUGAGCACCACGGAGCGGCGCAUCGACCGCGAGAAGCUGCCGCAGUGCCAGAUGAUCUUCGACGAGAACGAGUGCUUCCUGGACUUCGAGGUGUCGGUCAUCGGCCCCUCGCAGAGCUGGGUGGACCUCUUCGAGGGCCGGGUCAUCAUCCUGGACAUCAACGACAACACCCCCACCUUCCCUUCCCCUGUCCUCACGCUUACCGUGGAGGAGAACCGGCCCGUGGGGACCCUCUACCUGCUCCCCACCGCCACCGACAGGGACUUCGGCCGUAACGGCAUCGAGCGCUACGAGCUGCUGCAGGAGCCCGGCGGGGACGGGGGACGGCGCGGUGGCGGCGGUGGCGGCGGCGGCGGAGGGGGAGGCGGCGGGGGGGGAUCGGUGCCCACCGGCUCGGAGAGCGCCCUCUACCCCGGUGGCAGCAAGCGGAGGCAGGAGGCGGAUGCGGCGGCCCGCAGCAGCGUGUUCGAGCUGCAGGUGGCCGACACCCUGGACGGGGAGAAGCAGCCGCAGCUGAUCGUCAAGGGGGCGCUGGACCGCGAGCAGCGGGACUCCUACGAGCUGAGCCUCCGUGUGCGGGACGGCGGCGACCCGGCGCGCUCGUCGCAGGCCAUCCUGCGGGUGCUGAUCACCGACGUGAACGACAACAGCCCCCGCUUCGAGAAGAGCGUCUACGAGGCGGACCUGGCUGAGAACAGCAGCCCCGGGACCCCCAUCCUGCAGCUGCGAGCCGCCGACCUGGACGUGGGGGUGAACGGGCAGAUCGAGUAUGUCUUCGGGGCGGCCACCGAGUCCGUGAGGCGCCUGCUGCGGCUGGACGAGACCUCGGGCUGGCUCAGCGUCUUGCACCGCAUCGACCGCGAGGAGGUGAACCAGCUUCGCUUCACCGUGAUGGCCCGCGACCGCGGGCAGCCCCCCAAGACGGACAAGGCCACGGUGGUGCUGAACAUCCGCGACGAGAACGACAACGUGCCCACCAUCGACAUCCGGAAAAUCGGGCGCAUCCCGCUGCGGGACGGGGUGGCCAGCGUGGCCGAGGACGUCCUGGUAGACACCCCCAUCGCGCUGGUGCAGGUGUCGGACCGGGACCAGGGUGAAAACGGCGUGGUGACCUGCACCGUGGUGGGCGACGUACCCUUCCAGCUCAAGCCGGCCAGCGAGGGCGAAGGGGAGCCGCAGAACAAGCGCAAGUAUUUCCUGCACACUUCGGCCCCUCUGGACUACGAGGCGGUCCGCGACUACAACGUGGUGAUCGUGGCCGUGGACUCGGGCAGCCCCAGCUUGUCCAGCAACAACUCUUUGCUGGUGCGGGUCGCCGACACCAACGACAACCCUCCCGUCUUCGGCCAGGCCGUGCUGGAGGUCUCCUUCCCGGAGAACAACCUUCCCGGCGAGAGGGUGGCCACGGUGGUGGCCACGGACGCGGACAGCGGCAAGAACGCCGAGCUCACCUACUCCCUGGAGCCCUCGCCCCUCUCCUCCGAGACGCCGGGCGGCAUCUUCAGCAUCGACCCCGACUCCGGGGACGUGUCGGUGCAGGCGGUGCUGGACCGCGAGCAGCGCGACACCUACGAGUUCCAGGUGACAGCCCGGGACAAGGGGGUGCCGUCGCUGCAGGGCUCCACCACAGUGGUGGUGCGGGUGGCCGACCGCAACGACAACGAGCCGCGCUUUAUGCAGGACGUGUUCACUUUCUACGUGAAGGAGAACCUGCAGCCCAACAGCCCUGUGGGCAUGGUGACCGUGAUGGACUUCGACAAGGGGCGCAACGCCGAACUCAGCCUCUCCAUCCAGCCCGGCGAGCACGACCAGGCGGCCGGCAUCUUCUCCAUCGAGAACGACACGGGAACCAUCUACUCCACCGUCUCCUUCGACCGGGAGCAGCAGACCAGCUACACCUUCAAAGUGAAGGCGGUGGACGGGGGCGAGCCACCGCGCUCGGCCACCGCUACCGUGUCCCUCUUUGUAAUGGACGAGAACGACAACGCGCCCACCGUCACCUUCCCCAGCAACAGCUCCUACACCGUGCUGCCGCCCUCCAGCAACAUGCGCACCGUGGUGGCCACGGUGGUGGCCACCGACGCCGACACCGGCCUCAAUGCCGACCUCAACUACAGCAUCGUCGGGGGCAACCCCUUCAAGCUCUUCGAGAUCGACCCGGCCAGCGGCGUGGUGUCGCUGGUGGGCAAGCUGGCCCCCAAGCACUACGGCCUGCACCGCCUCGUGGUGCAGGUGAACGACAGCGGGCAGCCGCCCCAGUCCACCACCGCCCUGCUCCAUGUCUUCGUCAAUGAGAGCCUGUCCAACGCCACCGUGGUGGAGAGCCAGGUGGCCCGCAGCCUCCACACGCCUCUGGCCCAGGACAUCGCUGGCGACCCGAGCUACGAGCUGAGCAAGCAGAGGCUUAGCAUCGUCAUCGGCGUGGUGGCUGGCAUCAUGACCGUCAUCCUCCUCAUCCUGGUGGUGGUCAUGGCCCGCUACUGCCGCUCCAAGGGCAAACACGGCUACGAGGCCGGCAAGAAGGACCACGAGGACUUCUUCACUCCACAGCAGCACGACAAGGCCAAGAAGCCCAAGAAGGACAAGAAAGGCAAGAAGGGCAAGCAGCCCCUCUACAGCAGCAUCGUCACCGUUGAGGCCUCCAAGCCCAAUGGGCAGCGCUACGACAGCGUCAACGAGAAGCUCUCGGACAGCCCCGGCAUGGGGCGCUACCGCUCGGUCAACGGGGGUCCGGGCAGCCCCGACCUGGCCAGGCACUACAAGUCCAGCUCGCCUCUGCCCACCGUCCAGCUGCACCCCCAGUCCCCCACCGCCGGCAAAAAGCACCAGGCCGUGCAGGACCUGCCCCCGGCUAACACCUUCGUGGGCGCCGGCGACAACAUCUCCAUCGGGUCGGAUCACUGCUCCGAGUACAGCUGCCAGGCCAGCAGCAAGUACGGCAAGCAGCCAUUUCGUAGAGUGACGUUUUCUGUUGUGAGUCAGCCUCAGGACCCACAUCAAGGGUCAUUGCAGAGUUGCUAUGACAGCGGUCUGGAGGAGUCAGAAACACCAAGCAGUAAGAGUUCAUCAGGGCCAAGACUGGGUGCCCUUCCACUCCCAGAGGACAACUACGAAAGGACUACGCCGGAUGGCAGUGUUGGUGAGGCAGAGCAUAUGGAAAAUGAUUCAAGGCCUCUGCCAGAUGUAGCCCUGACAGGGAAGUGUACCCGAGAAUGUGAUGAAUAUGGCCACUCGGACUCCUGCUGGAUGCCAGUUCGCACUUCUCCUGAAAGGAAGCAGAAGAGCCAGCCAAAACUCUCCACUUUCAUGCCUGUUGAUGAACGGGGCAGUCAGGAAAAGCUGGCCAAUGGAGAAGCUUCCCUCAUGGGUGAUCGCAACAGAAACCUCCUUAACAAAAAGUUGACCUCAUCCUAUGAGACCUUCAGUGCGGCUAGUUUCAGCAAAAAAGAAGAAGGCAAUCCAGAGGAUAUUCCCCUCACACAGACAGGGGAAUACAAGCCAUCUCCUGUCAAUACUCUAACUAGAAGAGAAGUUUACCUGUAGGCUAAAAAGCAGCAACAAAUUUCUUUCAUGUUAUAGGAAAGAAAAGGGGUAAAAGUCCUAAAAGCAAAACAAUUUUAACAAAAAAUAAGAAACAAAAAGAGGAGGCCACCAAAGAGACAAAAGCUCUGCCUGCCACUUCUGCCUCCAUAGCAGGCAUUUAAUUAUACUGUCUGCCUGACUAUACUGUACAAUGUAGAAAAUGUUGUUACUUGCAUGUCUAAUCCCCCCCACCGAUUUUUAUUUUCCUAAAUCUAUGGUGCAAAUUCCUCCCAUAGUAAUGAGCUUGAUUAAAAAGAACACUACACAACGUUGUUUCCCCUCUGCAGAAGCAUGAGUUAAGCCACUCAUUUUGUUUGAUUGUCAUCUGGCUUGUUAAGGGUAACAGGUCAGGGAAAAUGUAUUCAAAACAUAUCAUCUGAAUAUUGCUGAUCCCCACCAGGGACAACCCUUCAGAAACCAUGCAGAUAAAGAGAUAAAUACAAAAGAAUAAUCAUUAAUAGGCACUUUGUGAAGACCACAGCUUUAAUAUUCUCACCUCUCAUCUGAGGCUGGAAGCAACAGAGAUACGUUCAGCCUGAGACUGCAGUCCAAAACAAGGCAUACUUUCCUAUGAAUCAUGAACUCUGGUUCUGUUUUAUCCAUAGAACAAAUGUGUUCUUGCUGUGUCUCUUUCUCUCCUCCUCUCUCGUUCUCUGUAAUGAUUACUUCAAUGUAAACACAAUUAGUAACGCAUAUACUGUAGCAUAGUAAUGAUAAACUCUUUAAAUAAUUAUUUUGGAUAAGGCUAACAUCUAGCUGGGAAGAUAGUAAUAACAAAAAGGCCAAAGAUCACACUAUGGAUCAGGGGAACUGCUAAGUAUUGGGGCUUGGCAUAGAAAACUAAUAUACUCACAAAUAAGACAUAUGUACUCAUAACACACCUUCAGUUACAGUUUGCACAGCAGCACAAUCCACAAGCCCAGCUGACAUAAUGUUUUUUCCAAUGUGGUUCAGUUGAAUGCCCAAAGGAACUGAUUUUUUAAAUUUCCUUUUUUUUUUUUUUUUUUUUUUUUUCUUAAAUGACAUGAUAUGUUGCAGCAAGUGCUGUAUGAUACUGCCAGUUCCAGGAAAUUUUUGAUAUCAUAAUUAAAAAAUAAUAGUAGUGCUAGAAGGCUGUGUUAUAACGAGACUGCUUGGUUAGAUGGAGAAGUGGAUAAUGGGAUGAUACAGUAAUGAGAACAUUACAAGUCAAAUACAAAGCCUUCUUUUCAGAGCACAAGGAAUGAUUGCCAAGUAUUUUGUCAUCAGUGUUGCAGAUUACCAAUUGAUUUGAUUGUGUCAAAGAUGUGAUGCAUUUUUUUCUUAAAACACAAGUGCAUUAAAGCCGAAUGAAGUGCAAUACUAAACAGCGUCAAGACUCAGAACAUUUAGGCUAGGUAGAAAAUAAACAGUGAUAUGAUACUCACCUAGUAGGUCAAGAAUGAGUCAAAAGGAAUCCAAACUGUCCACAAUAUGCAAGAGCUCCGGGCUGUAAUGAUUCUCAUGGUGAGCGCUUCAUGAAAGAAAGAGGAAAUGAAACAGGUUUUUGUGCAAUAAGAGCUACAAAACAUACAGAACUUCAGCCAGUUGCUUUGUAGCUGAUGCUGUAGUAAUAAUGACAAACUGAGCUCAGACAUUCAGACAAAAGUGACAAUCGAAUGACACAGCUUGAGAAGGGGACAAGCAUUCAAAUCCCUGGCUGUUUAACCUGGCAUUAAGGCAUGGCUAGAUGGCUCUCUAGUAUAUUGUAGUCACAAUGUAGCUUUGGGUAGUUCCUUGCUUUGAAGAAUUGCAUAGAAAUAAUCUUAAACAGCCUAUAGUAGAGGUUGCUAAAUCAAUACAACUCAUCACAUUUAUCUUUUGAAUUCACUUCUCCACGUAGUGGGAUGUGCCAUUUCUGGCCAUUUCAUUCUUCUCAAGUUUACUUUCUUCAUGUAACAUUAGUUUGUGUAUAGCAGUUAUGAUGAAUGGGCACAUUUUAGAAAGAAAAUAUUAAAGUUUAAUAAUGAUUGAACAUCCUUAAGUUUAAUUAUUUAAGUAAUAUGGAGAGAUGCAAACUAGUACUUUGUUAUGAGACUGCAUAAAGCAGUUACUGCUUUGUAUAAUCUGUAAGUACCUGUUUAAAAAUGCUUCUAAAAUGCUUAUGUAAUGUAUACACAUUUUUCUUGCACGUUUCAACAGAAUACACAAUGGCAUAACAAAUGUUCAACAGAAUUUCCUUUAAUAAGAUUUUAUUUAAUAUUACACAAAAAAAAAUUAGGUAGCUUGGUUCAAUAUAUCGUUAAACCCUUUGUCUACAAGGCUAAUGAUACAGGUCAUAGAUACAGGUCAUAGAAGACCUUCAGAUUAAAUGGAUCAGCAGUCACUCACUGAUUUUUGCACCACAUAAAACAGUCAUUAAAUACUUUACUUGUGUGCAUCUCCUUAGAACUAAAAUGAGUGUGAAAGAAUUUUUUUUAAAGUCCCAUCUACUGUAAGUAUUCACAACAAUUCUAGUAGAACUAGCCACUAUUAACAUGCUGAUUACUCUUCUGACCUGGCAUGACACACAAAUAUAUUUUGUCUUCGUAUUUUUCUUUUUAUUUUAAAUAGGUUAAACCUGGUGCCACUCCAUAAAUAGAGUGCUUUUGUAUAAAAAUAAACAAACUAUAAAAAAUAAUUAGGGUGAAUGCAAAAUAUGCAACUGUGCCUUUUAUACCUGUUAUUAUGGUAAAGUGGUAGUUGGGUUUGGACACUGAGGAAUAAGGGGCUAUUCCCAACCUUUUUGAACCUGUAUAUUUACCUGUGUUUAUUUUCUGAGAAAUUAUAAAUAAUAUAUUAAAAAUAAGCCUUUUGCCAAACUCAGUUAAUGGACCAGUCUUAAGCAUUAUUAACACAAGGCUGUGGUUUAAGUAUGUCUUGAGAUUUAUUUUUUUUUUUUUCUUUUUUAACUUAAUAUUUGUGUGAGGUUUGGGAUUGUCUUCAUUUGUUUUUUUGAUUCUGCUGCCUGGAGAACAAUGAUCAGUCUCUAUUAUAGUUGUUUAGCAAGGUGUCAGCAGUUCAUGUUGCCAGUAAAAUUGACAAGUAAUUUCUUUUUAAUUGCUUUUAGCUGCCAUCACAUUUCAGCUGUACAGUAUAGGAAUCAUCCUUUUAUUUCUUUCCAUGGGAAACUCAAAUGAGCUUUGCAUGUAUUUUACAUUAGGGCACCUUUAUAGAUUGAUGCGUUAGUAUAUAACUUUAUAUGUAUUAGAAAAUUCAAUAGCUUUGGUCUAAAAUCUAAUGCUCAUUUUGGAUCUCAGAUCCACUAUGUUUAUUCAAUAUGGUUUCUGACUGGCCUGCUGCCUGAGUUUCAGGAAAAAUAAUAAUAAUAAAAAAAAGUGUUAAACAUUAUUUUUAUGUGGGGGAAGAACUUAAAUGGGGUUGAAAUGAUUGACUGAAAGGCUACCCUAGGAAGUUGUCAACUAGGAAAAUAAGAAGUAUGGCUGAAGACUUGCCAUAAGUACAGCCACCACCAAACACUUCUAAGGACUUGAAAAAUUAAGUAUUUUUCCUUUUCUUUCAUUGGUGAUAAAUAUACAGUGUUUCCUCAAGGAACGAAUCAAAUGAAAUAGCAAUAGAGAUGAAAGCCCAUCAGUUAAGCUGUAUUACUGACUGAAGAGCAUACACAGAAGAUAGAAGACAAUAGUUACCAGCUACCUGGGGUACGCUUUCAGACAACUUUUUCCUAAAUUUUAAGCACUUGCAUUCAAUGUGGUACGAUCUGUUUGUAAUAUUAAUCAUUGACUAUUGUUCUGCAACUUGGAUGUUGAUAGUGAAGCAGAGAACAAUUUAUCAUUGUUUAUUAUGAGUCACUAUGCACGCAACUAUGCUAAACAUGGCAAAAUGUAUUAAACGCUAGUCCACCUCUAUUUAUGAAAUAUUUACAUAAUUUAAUUUGCUUUUGUACAGUUUUAUGUAAAUAAAUUGCUUGUCAUUUUUGUCUCUGCAAAUUAAAAUAUAACAUGUUCAACUGGUUA